AACGGUGAUCCCAAGUCUACAAUCUGCAAUCGAUAAAUUGUGAUUGACGAUCAUAUCUUACUAGUUCUACCACGCAUCGUAUUUUAAGGCGAAAACAUUUUUGAUCAUAAACUUACGAUCCGAGAAGAACCAAUCGGCGGCAAAAGAAAGAAGCCCCUCUGGCGGUAAAGAAUCAUAGAGAACCAUUACAUCAGAAUAUGAYACACUGAUUUGUGUCAUAGAAAGCCAAACAUGACAGCAGAAAUUAACGACAAUGACAGCAMCGGUUCGYCACCGGGAACCCCMACGGGUUGGAUCGGCUGGAAGGAACGCGGGAAGCAGGCCUACCUCCGCGGCGAUUUURGCGUCGCACUGCAGGCCUACUCMCAGGCACUCCACCAUCAGCAGCGUUCAUCUGCCUCGCUCGGGGGUCCCUCCGUACUGGACCAGCAGCUCCUGUUGAGCAACAUGGUUGCCUGUCGGCUGAAACUGGGGGGAGCCGCCCAAGCGGAAGCAGCGGUGGCCAACGCCAAAACCUGCAUCGGACUCAAUGACCGAUGGGCCAAGGGCCAUGUUCGCCUCGCCUCGGCCUACAUUGCUCUCCGGAAUUGCAGCGGAAGCGACGGCRUUGGAAGCAGCUACUCCAACGAUGCCUGCAACUCCCUUCAACGGGCCCUGCAGCUGGAUCCGGGGAACCCCACYGCCAGGGACAUGCUCGUGCGGGAGUUGCGGUCCCGAGACCACGGCCGCCGAGGCAGCGGGGAHAACCACGGACAAUGCAGCCAAGAACGUACGCCCCAACCCUCCGCGCCACCACAGCACAUGGAUGACAACURCAGCAGCAGCCGUGGUACUACAAGAACUACCGGCGAUAGCAGCAGCAACACAAACCAUCGGAAUCCAGGGGAUCGACGUCCUCCUCAAGAUUCUCGUUCUUCCAGCAAUGGCAACGGCAAUAGAAACCGCCACAACGCGGACAACGAUAUCGACGAUGCUGGCAGCAURUCAUGGAACGAACGCUUUCACUUUCAGUGCCAGAGAGCAAAAUUCUGGUACUUGUCUCAGUCGGAAGAUGUCCAAUCACUCCUCAAAGUCGCUCUAGCUGUUGUGGUAAGUCCAACACCAUCUAACGCAUUAAAAUGCAACGGAGUUCUCUACAAAGUGCGACACACCACAAAGGUUACCGACGAAAGCAACGAAAGACAAAAAGCUGCUGCUCUGAUAAAAAUUAUAUGAACAGUAGCUGCUGAUUGGCGAAAAUAGUGGUUCCGUGUCUUAAGAAAUUGCUUGAAUAUCACCAACCGUUCAAAAUGGUUCGUUUUUGUUCUUGAUGUUGGUGCUCUAUCUCACUCCAUGUUUCCAUUCGUCUCCGUAUCGUGCUUAAACUCCCUCUUUCGCAUUCCAAUUCACCAGGUCCUGUAUGUGGCCUUUGGAGGUCGCUUUGGCCUUGAGUACUUGUUCCAAAAGAGCAGCGGCAACAACAACAUCAAUCGAAGAGGUGGUGGUGGAGACGUAUACGAGGAAUUUUACCGAUCCCGCAACAACRAUCGCUACAACGAUCACUACAACGAUCGCGACAGCUACGGGGAUCGCUAUUCCUCGUAUUACGGAUCCAGCGGGGGCGGUUACGAUCGCCACGGCUAUGGUUCGUCGUCAUCGUCAUGGUCGUCGUGGUGGAGAUCUGGCAGAGGRACCGGGUCGUCAUCGUCGGUGUCCCCCGAGUGGAACUAUUAUUCCCGUACGCUGCUGGCGGUCGUGCUAACCUACGUUGCGCAGCGCUGGUUUGGAAUCGGUCCCUACCAGGCCAUGRUUUUGGUAAACCUGCUCCUCGGGAGACGGCGGGGCGGGGGAAUGCACCAUUUUCCAGGAGGGAGAAGAGGUGGAUGGGGCGGGAUGUUUGGUGGGAACCAGUUUCGGCACCGACCGGGAGGAAUGUGGAGAUGAGACGAGCUAAUUUGCAGAGGAUUUCGUUGUCUUCUGUUGCCUCGCGCGGUGCGCCUCGACACUGCAUCUCUUCCCGUGGAUUGCAUCCAGAAAUUUAAGACACACUAAGGAACACACCAUAUUUGUAGGGCACUAGAUUCCCAUCAUGCACCGUCCGUUCGAACUCGUAUAAAAACACAGCACGUGUAGAAUACACUAUAGCAGUGCAGACCACCACGCACGCCACGCUAGUCGCCCCCGAUCUCUCGUUUCACCUCCGCCGCCGAUGCCCUGAGCGCCGCAAUGGCCACCGUGUUGGAGACGACGCCUUCCCUUCCGUCGCCGCCGCCCGGUGCCGGCAACCCGUUCGCGUGCCACGAAACACCGCCCGCGAUCGUUCCCACGACCCGCUGGCUCAGGUCCAUGUGUCGGUCUAGACGUGGAUUGCGGGCUUGGUCCCGGUGGUCGUCGGCGUUGUUGCAGCCGGCGGCCUCCCGAAGGCGAAGGAAGUUCGAACGAACCCUGGUCUUGGCCUGUUCGAGGGUUUCCACCGCAUCGAGAACGCUCCGCACCGAUGAUGCCGCUGCUCCUUUUGCUUCGGUGGCGUUGUAGAGCAUCGUCUGGGCGUUGGCGUAGUCUUCUACGAAACCGCACUGCUCCUCCAGGAGCUCCAAAACAACRGCGGUGGUCUGGGCCGUAAGCGCCAUGCUGCUUCUUGAAAAACUUCCGAGGUAUCCGACCUGGGUUUUCUUGUUUCUAUAACGUGCCGUUGUGGAGGUGAUUUUUUAGGAUGGAUUUUUUAAUGAUGGAUGGCGGGACACGAUAGCAUUUGACUGUACGGUACGGUACAUCGUCGAUAAAAAAGGUUAGAAGUAUGUUUAUUAGGCGUACGUACUCGUAGUAUGUACUCUCAAAUUGUACUGUACGUACAGUAUGAUUGUAGUAUGGAUAUUCGGGAAUUUUGGCAUCAGUGGUAGAUAGGCUUGCUCGCGACCGCAGGUAGGCAACAUAUUUUUAAAAAUACGAGCGAACAAAUAAAGACGAAGCAAAACCCCAUGGAGUUACUAGUAAGGUAAAAAAAGCAGUCAGAGAAAUCAACCAUGAAUUAGUUA